GUUACCCCAUGGCCCUGACAUGCCCUUACUGAGCCCAACUCCGAUCCCCCCAUCCUAAUUCAAUAUUUUGACAUAAACACUCUCCUGCAGAAGAACUGUACAGCUCAAUGUCGUCUGAAAAACCGACUGAAGAAGAAAAACAGAAAUUUAUGGGUCGAGCAAUCGAACUCAGCGAUGAAGGACCAUCUAAGGGGCAUGGUGGUCCAUUUGCGGCGGUUAUUGUGAAAGAUGGCAAAAUUAUUGGUAACUUAAUUUAAUAGUUUUCAGCAGAUCGGAUCAAAACCAGAUCUACACAGCCGUGAGAGACAAAGUAUAAGAAUGCUUUGCGACUUGCUCUUUGUAAUAUGGUGUCCCAUUACGGUCAUGUAUGGUAAGAUAUAACUCGAGAUCCCGCGGUAUAAAACGUCAAGAUCUUGUCAUAAAAUUCGUGUUUUUUAGCUGCGAGAUCUCGCGUUUUAACUUAAGAUCUCGUGACAUAAGUCAAGAUCUUGCGUUAUAACUCGAGAUCUAGCGGUGUAAGCCGAAAAAAUAAACAACACUAUACAUGACCUUGUGGGCUACUGUUAAUAGUAUAAUGCUCAUGGAAAAGCAUUUUGUUGUGGGUGUGAUCUUGGUAUUAACUUAGAAGUUUGCCUGUGGGUUAAAUGGCCUCAGUCUGACCACCUAUAAAAGUAAAAGAUAAUUCGUGAUGCCCCCUAUUCAUCUGGCAUGACAUAUAUUUUCUUUAGUUAUUCAUUCAUAAUCUAUUUGCACAAAUAUCAUGAUUAUCAUCUAUCAACCCAUAACUGUUUCCUUCUUUCUUUCAUUCUUUCUUUCUUUCAUCAUCUUGUUUAUUUGUAAUCUACUUAAUGUACAGUACACAUACUUCCUUAUUUACAUUUAUUCUUAGCUUUUGAUCCCUGAGAGUGACGAGUGUCUUAUUUCUGCAACAGUAUCACACCUGAAUCAAUCAUUAACCCUUUAAUUCCCAAGAUCUCAUUGUUAAUUCUCCUUACAGUCUGCCAUAUAGUUCUUGUGAUGUUAGUUUGGAGAAUUUGGUAUUGGGUCAACCAAUAAUCCCCUAAUUAAGAUUUUUCUUUAUUCUCAUCACUCGUCUGCUUGAUAUUGUACUGAUGUUGUAAGGAGAAAUUCUUUCUUGGUCACUUAUGGGAGUUAAAGGGUUAAGAUCAUAAGGACAAAGGAAAUAAUCACCAACUAAAGAAGUUCUUGAUUGUUAAACAAAUUCUCCAUGUCAGCACUUUAGGAAAUGUAACUAAAGAAGAGUAUGGAGAAGAUGGAUUCUGAUGUUAGGGUGUAAAGGGUUAAAUUAUCCAUUUAAUUGGCUAUUUUCAGGGGAAGGAUACAACAGGGAGGUAGUUGACUAUGAUCCAACAGCUCAUGGAGAAAUGACAGCCAUUCGACAAGCUUGUAAGAAUAUUAGAUCAACUGAUCUCAGUGGCUGUGAAAUAUACACAAGCUGUGAACCCUGUGCAAUGUGCUCUUCAGCCAUCUGGCUUUGCAGGUGAGUGAUUGACCUGAAUAUAUAACUUGGUAUUUAUUUGUUGCUACAUCCCAGAUCAGUCCAUGGGAAGCAAAUUGGAUACUAGUAUUUUCUUUAUAUAAAUAAGUAUUUUUGGAUACCUACUGAUCAGUGUUAUACACCUGCAGAGCAAGUCAAGGGUAAGGAGGCAAGUGACAUCAUUCACUGAAAAACAUCAACAUUUCAUUUCUUAUAACUGCUUCCAGUAGCAUGCCACACGGUGGCAUUUUCAGUCAAUGUGCAGUGACUUCGUAGUCCAUUUUGUUUUUCAAAGUCAAGUUCAAAUAAUCUACAGCUGUCAGACAGAACUUUAUAUUUCAUUUGAUCAAUACAGGCCAAAAAUGAGUUUAAGUAUCUGUUAGGAGUAAUUAAACUCAACUUAAUGUACAGAGUGACUGGCUCUGACAGGGAUUAUGAACCAGGUCAUGUAUUCCAAAACUAUUUCAUGUGGCUUCUUUUCACUUCAAGGUUUGACCGUGUGUAUUAUGGAAAUCGUCUGGAAGACACAAAGAGUGACAUGGACCUAGAACCACUUUUUCAAUUUGUUGCCACACCCAUUGAUCAGCGGUCUACCCCUGCAGAGCAAGUCAGGAGCAGGGAGGCAUAUGAUGUCAUUAAAAAAUGGGCAAAUGAUCCAAAUGGAUUUAUUAUCUGUUGUGACCAAAAAAAAUGACGCACACUGAUGGAAAUGCAACAUUAUCUUGCACACACUGGGGCAAUGUGGUCACUUGUAAAGUGUUAUAUGAUUGCAUGACCAAGUGACAAUGAUACAUCAUUGGACCAUGAUGAAUGAUUGUGGGAAAAUUAAUGCAAGGAAAAAAAAAAGGACUGACACAAGAAAUUAAGUUGUGACGGUUGAAUUGAUAUGGCUGUUAUAAAAUAUUAUUUAGACAUUUACUAAGGUGCUGACAAGGAAAAUUUGUCUAACAGUCAGAAUUUGUCCAACAAUCAAGAGUUUCUUUAAGUUGUGAUCAUUUCCUUUAUUCUCAUGACAUUAAAAGUGUGAUUCAGUGGUGAUAUUGUAAGAAGAAAUUAGAUGCUAGUCAUUCAUUGGGAUUAAAGGGUCAAUAUAAAUUUAGGGUAGGAACUUUUUUAAUUGUAAAAAAAAAAACAGAUCUGAAUAAAUAGUGUUUUCUCGAUUCAUUUGACAGAGGCUUUAUCUCAAUGUCUACUUGCCUUUAGAGGAGUACUCAGGAAUAACAAGAGAUCCUUUCAAUUUUU